UGUAACAAACGUCGACGCCCGUCACAUGCAGGCAGGACACCUUGAUACCGGCUCCCUAAUCUCGCCUGUAUCAUGUCAGGAUUACAGAUGCACAGAGGCCUUUUCGCCAUAUAACUAGCCACCUAUCCAUACGACCAAUUCAGAUUCCAUACCAGACUUCAACUUGGACCACCCACCAAUACCUGACAACCUCGCACUCCCCGCUUCGACUUCGGUCAUCAUCCAGAUCUAGUUCAAACCUUUUACUCCAACAUCCUUCGGGAAGAUACUUUUUACGAAAAUUCCCUCUCAAACCCUCGUCGACCUUUCACAACCAUGGCUGCGACAUCGGCCCCUCGUGACGUCUCCCGGCUAGAGAGCCUAGGGUACGCUCAGGAAUUGAAACGUAACAUCUCUUUUAUGGCGACCUUUGGUUUCUCUUUCUCUAUCAUGGGGAUCGUUCCAUCGGUGGCUAGCACUAUCUGGUAUUCGUUACCAUACGGAGGACCAGUCGCCAUGAACUGGGGCUGGUUCCUAGCUGGAGGUCUUAUCCUCUUUAUCGGACUCAGCAUGGCCGAACUGGCAUCUAGUAUGCCGACGUCGGGCGGCCUGUACUUCUGGACGCAUCGACUAGGACCUCCUAAAUACCGCAACCUCCUAGCUUGGUUCGUCGGGUACAACUCCUUCUUGGGCAACGUCGCUGCGACGUCGUCCUUGGCCUGGGCUUGUGCGGGGAUCGUGUUCGCCGCAGUGUCUAUCGCCGACAAUACCUUCACGCCCACCACCGGCCAGACCUUUGGGCUUUAUGUCGGGAUUCUCCUCGCUGUAGGAGCGCUGUGCGCGUACGGGAGCGAAAUCUUGAUCUUCUUACAAACGCCCAACGUCAUUCUCAAUGCAUUGCUCAUCCUGGCUACCGUCAUUGGCCUGCCCAUCGCAAGGAGAAAAGAACUGAAUACCGCAGAAUACACUCUUGGCGAUUUUACCAACCUUACCGGAUGGUCUCCUGGCAUGGCUUUCCUCUUGUCGAUGUUGGCGCCGGUCUGGACCAUUUGUUCUUUCGAUUGUGCCGUGUCGCUUUCAGAGGAGGCCUCGAACGCUUCUACUGCUGUUCCUUGGGCUAUCGUUUUAGCCAUCGGAAUUGCCACCCUGGCAGGAGGUCUCAUUAUGAUCAUCUUAUCAUUGACGAUGGGUACCGAUCUGGCUGCAAUCAAUGACAGCGCCAUCGGUCAGCCUCUGGCUUAUAUUUACGACCAAGCUUUCGGCAAGCACGGAUCGCUCGCCAUUUGGUCGUUCAUGUGCAUCGGCACCUUUUUCAUGACCGCCAGUCUGGCCAUGCCCGCUUCGAGACAGGCUUUCGCGUUCGCCCGGGAUGGUGCGCUGCCGUUCUCGAAGUACCUAUAUCACGUCAACAAGAAGACACAGACUCCCGUCAGGACCGUCUGGCUGAUCAUCGCGCUUUGUAUCCCGCUCGGAGCUUUGGGUUUCGCGGACGAGGCAGCUAUCAACGCGAUCUUCGCCUUGGCCAUCUUGGGACCCUACGUCGCCUACGGGAUCCCUAUUGCUUGCCGCCUGUUCACGAAGCAAAACUUCCAACCAGGGCCAUGGCACCUCGGACGAUUCUCGAAACCUUGCGCCGCCAUCGCCUGUAUAUGGAUGAUCUUUGCAUGCGUCAUCUUUUGCUUCCCGGCUGAUAUCAACCCCGACCCAGCUACCAUGAACUAUGCCUGCGUCGUAGCAGGGGGUGUAUGGGCCUUUUCUCUCGGUUACUACUUCCUCCCAGGGAUCGGCGGCAAGACGUUCUUCCGAGGACCGGUUACUACAGAAUAUGAGGAAACCUACCUGGCCACCGACUAUGCCGAUAUUGCCAUUGAGGCCGACGUGAACUCGAACUCGGACAGCAAGAGGGACCGAAAGGAUAGCAAGACCAAUACGACUACGACCGUUAGGCCGUUGAUCAUCUCGGACUAAACAUCCAAACGAAGCAAAGUAGAACCAAAGGGAAACCCGCGAGAAAACAAAACCAUCAAGGUUGUACACGUCUCGUCGACACUGCACAUGACAUCACUGUAGCAAAAAAGAGUCGUAUUUCACCCAGGGGAAAGCUGUAAUCUCGAAAAGGAUAUGAUAAUACAGACAACAUGACA